AUGUUCCUUCCGACGCUGGCGACUGGGGCCUGGCCCAAAGUCGUGCGGCUUAGUGGAGGGUCCAAUCAGUGUGGGGAGUUCAAUGGAGAGUACAUCUUGCAGGACAAAGUGCAACUCUCACAAAACUUCAAACCUUCCUGGGUCUCACCCAGUGGUCAUUGCAUGUUCUACGACGCGCGCGAGCGAGAGUCCGUGGGCUUCUCGUCGUGCAAGCUCCGAUUCGACCACCUACAUCUUCACCAAGCUGCGAGCCCCGGCACCCGGGAGAUUUGGAGUUCAACAUGCACAGUUGCAGGGUGCUCGCGCUCAGCUCGCAUCCGGUGA